AGAAAAUGUGACGAACUUAUUACAGAGCGACCAUCUAAAAUUAUACGCAAGGAAAUAGUUUCAAACAGUCAUAAAUUUUUGAAAAUGGCCAGGAAGAAGAAGAAACAGAAGACCGUACGUUUUUGCCAGCAACCCUUCCGUAUUAGGAAUAUGGUUGUAUGUGAAACAGUUUCAAAUAUAUAUCCCAUAUUAUGCAUGUGCAAAUUGUGUUCCACAAUUUGUUUAAGCGUCAAGGCAGCAUACGAUCACCGCGAAAAAUGUCACCCGAAAGUUGCACGAAAGAAGAAACCUAUACCGGCGCCAAAAUCAAAUAUCAAAACUUUCAAAUGUGAAUGCUGCAACGUAGUAUUCACAAGGUCAGCAGUAUGGAAAAGGCAUAAGCUUGAAAUUAAUAAACCUAAAUCAAACGAAAGCGAUCCGUAUGAAUUUAAACGUCAAACGGAGAAUAUUAAAAAAGAAAUAGCGACAUCAUCUACAGAUAAAGGAACUGACUUAACGGAGAAUCAACCGUCAACGAGUGAGAUGAACAACGUUAUUCAGAGCCCCGAGUGUUCAUCAACUACGAAGAGUGAAACAUUAUACCUAAUCAUCGAAGUAGUGCCUCGUUGAUCUCGAACCGUUUUCCUUUAAAAUGUAUUUCUUAUAAAAUAUCUACUCCUAUAAAUAUAUAUU